CAACUUCCAACGCGCUUUUGCAUCAAAAAUAGCUCCCGAAGACCGAAGACGCGUCGGCGUACGUAAGCCAGCACCGCUCACUGGCGCAACGCGCGUCUCGCGGCUAAGAAUUAAAAAAUAAAUAAAUAAACACCUAGUGCGAUUAACUGUGUCGGACAUAGAUAUAGUGCUGCCAAUAGUUAUGGUGCGACGUAGAAUACAUCGCCGGCCGCUGUCAACGAACUAGUACGAAGAUCUUCCAUCUUUGGCAGCGGAAGCAUCGGCGGAUGUCCCGGCGCGGACGAUGGAUAAUCCAUCGUACUUCGCGUUCCCUGAUAAAGAUGUCGCUGACAGCGCCAGUACGGCCGCAGCCGCUAGCACGGAACAAUGUUCUCGGUCUGCGCCGGCCCGGAGCUGGUCUGACAUGCGACCACUGAGCUCUCCUCGACGCAGGGAACCCGACAGUCCCAGACGUAAAGAGUUCAGAGCUCUACUGAGGUCACUCUCAGCUAAGGAACCAGAGCAGGCGGAAGCAUUUCUCAAGGGACAACCAAGACCAGGCGACUGCGCUCCCAGUGAUAUGAAGCACACUUUCACAGCUCCGAGAUUGAAGAAAGGAAAAAUUAGUACUUCAGUGGUGACAUCAGAGGGCGUGAGGGAGCGUGAGGAGGUAUUCUACACGAUCCCCCUGCAGGGGCGCCGACGUCACUCUGUGGGGGGAUACCUGGCGACAGGGGGAGGGUGCGCCGGGGAAGUCACCUCAGUGCCCAGCGAGGUUCCCAAAAUGCCCCCGCCACGGUUCAACCAUAACGAGGAUGAUGUUGUGAAAAGGAGACGACCUAGGAAUUUCUCAUUUAAAGAGAUGGAAGACAUAGCGAUCCUGUGGAGCUCAGGGUCGCCGGAGAGCGCGCUGUGGUCGGAGUAUCUGGUGGCCAGUUUUGACAAGAUAAUGUCGCAGAGAGCCAGGCAUCACUACAGAGUAACACCGAUAACAGCUGAGGAACUUUUAUCAUCAGAGUCACAGGAAAAGUUAGACAAACUGUCCAAAGCACAGCUACAAAUUGUUAUACUGUGUCCCAAUCUGGAUACCAAAUUGUCAGACCUAAAACGAGAGUUGAACACUGAGAAUUUAUUUAAAGUAGAAAAAGUACUAGUAAUGCUGCUGGGAGUUGAAAAAAAUAAUGUCAUAUCAAAUAAUUGUGAAGACUACCCUUCAAUCGAUCAAUGGCAGAUGAUGUCAGUACGCGAGAAAGAUACUUCGUUCGUCGACACUUUUCUGACCGCUGCAGUUGGUAUUUUGAGAACCAAAGACUGUAAAGACACAGCUGCGGAUAGAACUAGCUUCUCUAUUGUACCGAAGAAAGUUAAAAUUGGUCAAAGUCGCGUCAUAGCGUUACUCAACGAUCCUAUAAGGGAAGAAGAUAGUAUAAAAAUAAUGGUGGACAAGAAAGGAGAAGUUAUAAACAUACCGACGUUCAAGAAGAGAAAUCCAUACACGCUACAAUUUGAUAUACCAGAGUCGUGCCUGGAGGUGUCGAUGUUGGUGUGGGUGCGCGUCAGCAAGAACGGCCAGUCUCUGGGGCGGCGGCAGAUCAAGUGCGAGAGUCGUCUGCGCGAGCUUGACCAGCUGCUGCGCGCCUCCGACCAUCCCCUAGAGUUCAUGUGCCAGACACUUGGAUUUAAAACGACCAACAAGGAGCAGCUGGAUAGCUGGAUGCUAAGUGCCUUUCAGAAAAAUAUUCCGCCGCAUUUCAAUUUGCUUUCAUCUACCGAGCAAUUUAAUCCUAAAGCCGACGUUUGCAGUAACGAGGAGUACCCGACGCUGCUGCACUGGGCGGCGCGGUUCGGGCUGGAGCGCGUGUGCUGGCAGCUGCUGGAGUGUCCGGGCGGUGCGGCGGCCGCAGCGCUCCGCAACGCGCGCCGCCGCACGCCCGCAGAUCUCGCGCGCGACCACAGGCAUCUGCGCCUUGCUGACAUGCUCGCGGAUCACAUGAAAAUAAACGAAUUCUCAAAUAUGUAUUAUUAUUUGAAAAAUAUGUCCGAUAAUGACAAAGAGGAUGGACAAGAAGAUGAAAAACAAGAAGAAUUAAGAAUCGUAGAGAAUUGCGAUACGGUUGAUUCUCCGCGCCAUGAGGAAGCUAAGGUCUUAGAGGAACAAUCCUCGGAUCCUUUCAGUGAAGCUUGCACUCAAAACUUGGAAGAGAACGAAGUGAAAUCGGAAAUGUCAGAGGAAACUGGGAAAAAACAUAGGCCAAAUUUAAAACUACCCAACGUAAAAGAACAAUUUUAUCAAAACGACUUUAUGCCACACGACGACACCGCGGGAAGAAUACAGCAAGCCAUCGAACACGAUUACUUAGUACAGCCGUCUAAUAUAAAAGUGGAGGACAGUCCCAAAUUCCGACCAAAUAACUUGUACGCGAAUAGUUCUCGUCUGUUGCCUCAUCAAUCGGAAAUAUUCCUGUACUCACCCACCGAAGAAAGCAAUAAGACUUUCAACAUAGAAACCCCAACGAGUGAUAUUAGCCAAAUCAACCUAAAUACCAAAGAUGCGCGUAGUAGCGGCAGCAUGAAAUCUAGCAAAGAAUGUUGCCCUUUAACGGGACAAGAGGAGUUAGCAGAAAUUAUUAAUGACUUUAAAAACAAUGUAUUUACAAUAUCUGAAGUGGAGAAACUUGUUAUGGAAUGGAGAAAUAGAAACGAAACUCAACAGUCCCUUAAAGAAAAACAAGAGCAAUUGAAUAAAAUGCGUGAAGAGUAUGACAAAAUUCAACAGAAGAUAAAGGAGAAAUUGAAAAGGCCAACACCAUUUGACCGAGUUAAGAAAAUGUUUUCGAAGAGCAAAAACAAAAAUCACGACAGCAAUACGGGCACAAUUGAGAAAAGGAACGGAAGCACGAGACCUAACAGUAGUUUAAGCGACAGUUCAUCAUCAUCGGGUCGCCUGAGCACAGUGAGCGGCGGCAGCGCUGCAGACACCACCAGCGUGCAGUCCGAGCACGACGCCCACGCCAGGUCUAUUAUAUCGUCUAGUACGAGUACGCUGACGAUGCACACGGCUUGCGAGGACAGCAGACUGGAUGAUUACCUGAUCCCGCCACCGCCGCGCCCGCUCAAUGGUGCGCCGCAGUUCACUACCUUCGGACAUCCCAAGCAUGACAACAGGGGUGGUCAGCAUAUGGCUACGAUAGUAGAGCGCGAAGCGUCCGCAUCUCGUGAAAGACUGGAUGAGAAUGAGGCGAGCGGUACGCACCUACGGCUCAAGUUCCGUGCGCGCGAGCGAUCUGCGGCUCGCUGUGACGACCGUGACCCCGCCCACAUGUACAUGAACAUAUCAGCCACGCACACAUAGACAACUAAAGAAACAC